GGGGGGCGCUCUCUCCCCCGCGCCCCUCCUCUCUAUGCUCCCCGCUCCCAGCUCCUUCCGCUUCCGGCCCGCUCCUUCUCUUCGGGUGCCGCCGCCAAGAUGGUGAACGUGCCGAAAACCCGCCGGACCUACUGCAAGAAGUGCGGCAAGCACCAGCCCCACAAAGUCACCCAGUACAAGAAGGGCAAGGACUCGCUGUACGCCCAGGGCAAGAGGCGCUACGAUAGGAAGCAAAGCGGCUAUGGCGGCCAGACGAAGCCCAUCUUCCGCAAGAAGGCCAAGACCACAAAGAAGAUCGUGCUGAGGCUGGAGUGCGUGGAGCCCAACUGCAGGUCCAAGAGGAUGCUGGCGAUUAAGAGGUGCAAGCACUUUGAACUGGGAGGAGACAAGAAGAGAAAGGGCCAGGUGAUCCAGUUCUAAGCUCCAUCCCACAGAUUUUGGGCUAUAUUAAAGUAAUUGGAAGAGA